CACGCGCCGCUGCAGAUCAGAUGGGAGGGAUCACUGCCUGCUGCCACAGACACGUAGCUAGCCGCCAACGUUAGCUGUGGAGCUAACGACUGUACACGGUACCAUGGACUUGCCACAUCAGGGAUACCGAGCAACUAAGCCCAGAGCUCGUGCAGCUCCUCCUCCAGCAGGCUCUGUCCUGUUCGACGACACCAGUGCAGCCGCACCGCCAAUGAGCAAUCAGGGUUACUACACGCCUGCAUACAACAUGGAGGGAACCUCCAACGACAUGCAGGGAGGAGCUGGGAUGAACAACCUCUUCGCUGACCCAAUGGCCAACGCUGCAAUGAUGUACGGCUCCUCUUUGGCCAACCAAGGAAAGGAUAUGGUGAACAAAGAGAUCAGCAGGUUUAUGUCCGUCAACAAGCUGAAAUACUUCUUUGCAGUCGACACCAGAUAUGUCCUGAAGAAACUUAUGAUCCUCAUGUUCCCGUAUACACAUCAGGACUGGGAAGUGCAGUAUCAUCGAGACACGCCACUCACUCCAAGACAGGAUGUGAACGCACCUGAUCUCUACAUACCAACGAUGGCUUUCAUCACCUACAUUUUACUUGCUGGAAUGGCCCUUGGCAUUCAGAAACGAUUCAGUCCGGAGGUUCUCGGACUGUGUGCCAGCACUGCCCUCGUGUGGAUCAUCAUCGAGGUCCUGGUGAUGCUGUUGAGUUUGUACCUGCUGACGGUUCACAGCGACCUCUCAACCUUCGACCUCGUCGCCUACAGCGGAUACAAAUACGUCGGGAUGAUCGUCACUGUGCUGUCUGGCUUACUGUUCGGCAGUGAUGGUUAUUUUGUGGCUCUCGCCUGGUCCUCCUGUGCCCUUAUGUUCUUCAUUGUUCGCUCUCUGAAGAUGAAGAUCCUCCCUUCCAUCUCCUCCGACUCUAUGGGAAUGGGAUCAAGUGCCAAACCCCAAAUCCGCCUUUAUAUCACCGUGGCGACAGCAGUGUUUCAGCCAAUCAUUAUUUACUGGUUAACGUCUCACUUGGUCAGGUGACUGUGAGGCAUGCCGUGGCCUUCAGUCCGAGUGUACUGACCCAAAAAAACCUGGUUGUUGAGUGAUUGUACACCUGCCUUUAUACGCUUUUUUUGUUUGUUUUUUUUGUCGGUGAACUCAUAUGUAGACAGUGUUUUGCUGCAUUGUGUGUGUCAGAUGGACAUUCUCACAAAGAAAUGGUUUCUCUGAUUUAAACAGAAGUCAUGUUUUCUACACUGAUGAUGCCGAUUCUAACUCUCAACAUAAGGGCUUUAAUGGAGAGUUUCGCUUCAUCUGAAAGUGUUCAGUUCAGGUCUCUGUAAAUGCUUCACAGUGUUCACACCACAGAGACAAAAACAUGUGAUCAGAGUACCAUAGUUCCUGUUUUGAUGCUGCUGCAUUAUCUCCCGGACUUUUAUUUAUCUACAAUUGACAAAGCAUGACAAUGUUUGGAUUUUUGUAGAGAAUAAUAAAUAUAUUUAGCUUUGUGUAAUGACUUUAAA